AUGGUUAAAACAGCUGAAAGGCACAUAGCAUUAUUUAAUCAUAUACAAAUAAAUACGAAAAAAGUGGGAAGAGUAUCAUCACUUAGUUCUGAUGAGACAGAGAAUUGCUUAUUCCAUAUUUAA